AUGUGUGUACCUAAUAAACUGUCCGAGCCCACCACCACAGAGCCCAACACCACCACCACCACCACCACAGAGAGUCCCACCACCACUAGAGCCGAGCACCACCAUCCACCAGCCACAGAGUGGCUCCCCUUACCACACGAGAUGACCACACCACCACGGAGAGUCCCACACACCACAGAGCCCAACACCACCCACCACCACAGAGCCCACCACACCACAGAGAGCACCACACCGAGCACCACCCACCACCACAGAGAGCCAGCACCACCACAAGAGCCCAGCCACCACCACAGAGCCGCCGAGCACCACCACAGACCCAGCACCACCACAGAGCCAGCACCCACACACAGGCCCAGCACCACAGACGCCCACCACCCACCAAGAGCCCACACCACCACAGAGCCCACCACACCACCCGAGAGCCCACCCACCCCACAGAGCCCACCACCCACCAACAGAGCCCCACACCAGAGCCCAGCACCAAGAGCCCAGCACCACCACGAGCGUCACACCCACGAGCCCACCCACCACAGAGCGUGCCAGCACCCCACACGAUACACCAAGAGCUUCACAAUAAGCAAAACCACCAUAAAGCAGAGGCCCAGACCACCACCAAUACAAGCGCCCAGCGCACCACCACCCAAUACAGAGCCCAGCCCACCACUACAGAGCCUCACCGGACCACACCAAUACAGAAGCCCACCAUCCACCACAGAAAGCCCACCCCACCACCUACCACAGAGCCCACCACCACCACCACAUAGAGCACCCACCGACCACCACUACCCAGAGCACCCAUCCACCGAGCCCACCAGCGGACCUCCCCACGGGCACCGACUUCAACAACAGCUACGGAUGAUCCUAACCAUCACACCCUAUUACAGGAAGCUCCAAUCACACACCAACGAGAUCCUCACCGCCCAUCCUAGCACAGUUAGCCACGCAGCCACCAACCUAAUACAGGAGCCUCCCCCACAGCCCCACCAUCAGAGCCCACCCUACCACCAAAACCUCGAGUAG